AUGCCGCAGCGACGAUUUGUCAUGCAGUCGACCUCACAGGGCGGGCAUGAGCACCACCUCAAACCGAAACAGCUUGGUGCCAAUAUAAUAAGAGCGUGGAAGAAGUUGGUACCCGGAAAGAUGAUGGCAAUGGCCACAGAGAUGGAGCAGAGACCCAAUCUGUUUGUUGAACUUGUGGAGAAAUAUGGCAAAUGCAAGGAAGUGGUGGGAAGUGGAGCGUCCGGAAUUGUGUACAUCUCACACAAGAAAAUGACCACUAGAACCACCGAGCAGUUGUUCGCAGUCAAAGAGUUAAGGCAGCGGCCAGUUGAGCCGACUGAUGCGUAUGCCCACCGACUGGCGAUUGGAUUCUGCAUAUCGAGAGAGCUACGCCAUCCAAAUGUUAUCCAGACACUUGACCUGCUCAAGGACGGGGAGGAUGGCUUUUUUGAGGUUAUGGAGUUCUGUCCUGGUGGUGAUCUCUUCGCGCUGGUGCGUUCUGCUGGAAGGCUAGAGGUUCAGGAAGCAGACUGCUUUUUCAAGCAGCUGAUGCUUGGCGUCCAAUAUAUUCACGAUAUGGGUGUGACACAUCGCGACCUCAAACCCGAGAACCUCCUGCUCACUACACGAGGCAGGUUGAAGAUAAGUGACUUCGGCGACAGCACAUGUUUCCGCAUGGCAUGGGAGACAGGUGUUGGAAUGGUCUCGGGAAUUCGUGGCUCGCGUCCAUAUAUCGCACCGGAGGUGUAUACAAACGACAGUUAUGAUGGUCGUGCAGUUGACGUGUGGGCUUGUGGUAUUAUCUACAUGACUAUGCUCACUGGUCAUUACCAUUGGGGUGCGGCCAAGAGGGACGAGGAUAUGUCUUAUACGCAAUAUUUGAACGAUCGACGUCAAGAGGAAGGGUUUUCCCCGAUAGAGGCACUGCGCCCGUGUACCUUUAGCUUUGCUGCCGUAACGUCAUAUACUGCAUCCUAG